AUGCGUGAGACCAAAAGCUACCACCAGUGCUGGGCCACCGACCCAAAGGGACCCAACAGAGCGGAUGGUGACACUGGUGGCCCCCCGACGACAAACGCUCAAAACGCGCCUAGAGGCACCCUCACAAGGAGGAGCCCCCGGGCUGUGCGGAGCCAACUCAGCCCGUGCUCCGAGCCUCGGGACCAUCUGAGGUCCCUUCGCCUCGGGGAAGGAGGAGCCGCCCCGGGCCCCACCGCCCCCUUCCCGCCACCGCCCCGCAGGAGAAGCGGCGGCUGCCCGAGUCUCGCGAGAACCGGCGCUGCCGCCGCCGCCAUGGAGCCGCCGGUGCGCGGCCCGCCGGGGCUGUCGGCCGUGCUGGCGAGCACGGACUGGUCGGAGCCGUGGCUGCUGGGGCUGGCGGCUUUCCACCUGCUCUGCUUCCUCCUGACGUGCGCGUCCCUGCAGCACCGCCGGGUGCAGGUCGGGCACUUCCUCUGCAUGGUGGGUUUAGUGUACUGCGCUGAAUAUAUCAAUGAAUUAGCAGCUAUGAAUUGGAGGCUCUUUUCUAAAUACCAAUACUUUGAUUCAAGAGGAAUGUUUAUUUCACUCGUAUUUUCAGCACCACUGCUGGUGAAUACUAUUAUAAUUGUGGUCACCUGGGUUUACAGAACUUUGAAUGUAAUGACUGAACUAAAGAUGCUACAGCAGAGAAGGAAAGUAGAAAAAGAGAAAAAGAAGUGAAAGCGCCAAACAAUACUUUUCUUUCUUCAGUUGUAACAAUGCCUAUCUGGGUAAUCAGUCCUUCUGUAUGGGUAUGCAGGAACAGAAGUAUUUUUGUGUCCGAUGCCAAGAGCACUUUGUAAUCGUGGCUGUGGACAUUGAGGUGAAAGCAGGUAUCUACAGAACGUUUGAACUGGCUGUGAAAUUAUGAAACCAGUCUUAACAGAUCUCUGUGCCCUUCAGCAUAUGAUUGUUUUCCUCUAUGACCAAGGCUGUUAGUAUUGAUGAAACACAAUCUUCCUGUUUCCAUUUGCCUGUGUACUUUUUUACUACGUCUUUAUUCUGUGCUUAUCAAGUAUCAGUUAUUCUGCUGCUUAAGCCAAUUGGAGCUGUGUUGUGAAUUACAGUAAAUGAGAGAUUUUAUUCAGAAUAACUCAGGAAUCCAUGCUUCUAUGAAGCACUUCAGCACUUCUUUAUAAAUCAAGUUUCAUACUUCCAAUGUGUACUGUGUGCCAGUGGCAUUUUAUAAAUAAAACUAUCCACUCACUGUAUCUUAAA